CACACCAUGGACGAUGGGCUGGUGCUGAAUCUCACUGCGGACACGACCACGUCACUCAGGUUACCAGUGUCAAAAGAAAAAUCGCGGCGCUGGACGGACAGGGUAAAGGCUAAGAGGGUGCUUAAGCGCAAACUUAGGACACCCAAAGCUGCUGAAUCUGCUGUUCAAAGUCAUGAGGAUGAGGAGUCCCACUUCGAGGACGAAGCCGUGUCUCCUCGCCCACUGAAGCGGUUGCAUUUGGAUAAACAACCCCAUCCCGUCGUCAAUCCUGCUGACGGCCGGUCAAAACCAUCAACGCAGAUCAUAUCCUCGCUGUUCUCUCACAACCCAAAAAUCGAUAUUCCGCCGUCCACGGCUGGUCCAAAGGCAAUUUACAAGCCAAGUAAUGCACCUUUAACGAACGCCUCAGGUUUUGCUGAGCUCGGCCUUCACCCACUUCUCGUUGCUCACUUGGAGGACAAAAUGGGGGUUUUGAAGCCAACUUCUAUUCAACGCGCUGCCAUUCCCGCAUUCACUCGUUCCCCAGACUUGGCUGACAGAGAUUUAUUUAUCCAAUCACAGACAGGUUCAGGCAAGACCCUCUCGUUCCUCCUGCCCAUCAUUCAUGAUCUUUUACCGCUGAGCACACAUUCCUACAUCGAUCGUUCCAUUGGCACACUUGCAGUCAUCAUUGCACCUACUAGAGAACUUGCGAAACAGAUAUCAAAUGUCCUCGAAUCACUCCUCAAACUCAAACUUCGCCCAGAAACAGAGUUAGAGGAGGCAGAAGAUUCCGUGCGGUACACGCGCUGGCUUGUGUCCGGGUUACUAUCAGGGGGUGCUACUAAAACACACGAAAAAGCGCGUCUGAGAAAAGGUAUCCCGAUACUCGUGGCGACACCCGGACGACUGCUUGAUCACCUGCAGAAUACAUCAUCGUUUAACGUGGGAAAAUGCAGAUGGCUAGUACUUGAUGAAGCUGAUCUCCUGAUGGAGCUUGGAUUUGAAAAGACCAUCCAGGGAAUUAUUCAGGGUUUGGAUGGUCGGCGCAGGCUGGCCGUACAAGCUAUGAAGGAGGGCAAGAGUUUGGAAGUCGGUAGUUGGGAUUGGGAACAGCGCAGGCGGACGAUCCUUUGCUCGGCAACUAUACGAGAUGACGUCCAGAAGCUCGCGGGGACGGCUUUAAUGAAUCCGACUAUGAUCACCGCCUUUGAUGAUAAGCAACGAUCCGAGGAGAAUGUGUCUGCCGGCGGCGGACUGCCUGCGGGGUCGACCAAAUUUACUCCCCCAUCCCAGUUGGCUCAGAAAUACGUUGUGGCACCUCUCAAGCUGCGGCUUGUCACUCUCGUCGCCCUCCUCCGUUCGGUUCUUGCGCAGAAUCAGGCAAAAGAGGGGUGUAAGGUUAUUGUAUUUCUGAGCUGUACCGAUUCCGUAGAUUUCCACUGGCAACUGCUGGGAGGAACGUCGAUGGGAGGGGAUGAUGCCAACGGUGAUGAUUCCGACUCGGAGGGCGGCAAUUCGGGCGGGGAGGAGAAAGUCGCAGGAUCUGAUUUAGCAGGCGAAGAGGUCGCAAUGAGGUCACCGCUCCUACCAGAUACACUUAUAUUCCGGUUGCAUGGAUCUCUGCCUACUCCGAUGCGACUCGAGUCUCUGCGCGGAUUUUCGUCGACGAAAGGGAAAUGUCACGCGAGAUCAUCUGUACUACUCUGCACCUCCGUCGCCUCGCGCGGCCUCGAUCUUCCUCUCGUUCGAGCGGUCAUACAAUAUGACCUUCCCACCGAAGGUGGCGUCACGGAAUAUGUGCAUCGUGUUGGUCGGACAGCCCGGGCAGGGAAAGGAGGAGAAUCAUGGAGUUUAGUUGCGCCUAGCGAAUCCGAGUGGGUCGAGUGGGUUCAGGAGAAGAUGCGGCAUAAUCUUCAGGAUUCAUCGUCAGAUACCCAGGGCACGAAAGUUACCUUGGAGGGCACCAGUGUGGAAGACCUUCUUGCCAAAGGACUCGGUGGCAAAGGUUCGGAGUAUGAGUCGCGUGCUACCGACGUUCAGCUUGCUUUUGAAAGAUGGGUGCUGCGACGAAAGGAGCAUACGGAACUCGCACGGAAGGCCUUCCUAUCACACAUGAGGGCGUAUGCGACACACCCUGCGAACGAGAAGCACAUCUUCCAUGUCCGGAAUUUGCAUAUUGGACAUCUUGCGAAGUCGUUUGCGCUGCGGGAGGCCCCAAAGAGCAUUACGGGGAGCGAUAGGAAGGCCAAGUCAAGAGCCCAGGCUACUGAUAAAGUUCAAUCUAAAACUGACAGGGCAGCAAACGCGAUACGCGCGACAUCCAGCAGCCUCCACCUUUCUCAGCGGGCUGGUAACGCGGAAGCACGGAUGAAGGAGGUUGUCCGAACACAAGGAAGGAUGUCGAAGAAAGGUGGUAAGAUGAUGAGCAGUGGCAUCGACGAGUUUCAGAUUGCUUCUGGGGCCACACUGGAAAAACUCGUACAAGGACAUGUAUCAUGAUGACAUCUAGCUACGCUACACUGUAAUUACCUCGAUCGGACAUCUCGUAGGCAAAGCGCGUGCAGCGGAAAUAUCGCGGGUUGCGAGGCCUCGAGCUCUAUUUCUCGUCGUGCCCUGGCUAGGACGUGCGUCGAUUCGUACCACGACUGGCAAUAUUCCGCAUUCCGUGAGAACAGG